AUGGGCAGAAAGAAAUCCCCAGCCAUCUGGAUCUCGGCCGUAGUAGCCACCUCCGUGGCAGCAGCAGGUUACGAAAUCUACAAGUACCUCACCAAAGACGAAAACGACCAAACCAUCAGCGCUACCAAAUACACCAAUAAGUCAAUUGCAUUAACCUUGCUGCAUUCUGUGCUCAGCUCAGACUUGCCACUAGACGAAAUCAUCAUGAAUUCCCAGAACGUCACCUUCAUUUUGCCACCCCACCUCUCGGUGGACGACCUUGCCGGGAACAUUGACACUUCUCAGAGCGGCUUGUCGCAAACGCUUCUCAAUAACUAUAAGCUCCUCCGGUGCUCCAACAUCGAAGGAUACUUCCACAUGCUCAAGAACCUAAAACCAGACACAUUGAUUGUGUGUGCAGACGACUUGGGCAUUCAGGACAAAAUGCCCAAGGACUUGCCUCGGUUUGUCAAGGAGGUGGUCACCUUGGAUCAGAACAAGGAGCGGGUUUCCUCAAUCUUGACCAAAGUGUUCCUCAGAUAA